CAGGUAGAGAAGGUGGGGCAGGUAGAAGGUGUUGGAGAGCUGCAGGAGUGACGGUGCGCUGUGUGGUCUGAGUUGAGGAAGGCGGUCUCUCUGUGUUGGGCUCCGGGCUGUUUGAUUCUCCCUUGUCUCUCCCCUGCUCAUGGCUAACUCCGGACUCCAGAUACUCGGCUUUACCCUGGCGCUGGUGGGAUGGAUAGCCCUGGUAGCCAGUACCAUUAUGCCCCAAUGGAAGAUGUCUAGUUACGCCGGGGAUAACAUUAUCACCGCUCAGGCUGUGUACAUGGGACUGUGGAUGAACUGUGUGUAUCAGAGCACCGGACAGAUCCAGUGCAAGGUGUAUGACUCCAUUCUGGCCUUGGGAGCCUCACUACAGGCCACUCGUGCCCUGAUGGUGGUGGGUAUUGUUGUUGGAGUCCUGGCUGUGGGCAUCAGCUCAGUGGGUAUGAAAUGCACCAAGUGCGGUGGAGAUGACAAGGUCAAAAAGUCUCGGAUCGCGAUGGGUGGUGGAAUCACCUUUAUCCUGGCAGGACUUUGCGCUCUCAUUGGUGCCUCUUGGUUUGGAAACCAGAUAGUUCGGGACUUCUACAACCCACUGACUCCGGUCAACACCAAGUAUGAGUUUGGAUCUGCCAUCUUUGUGAAUUGGGCGGGGGCUGCCCUCAUUCUGAUCGGUGGUGGGAUGCUGAGUUGCUCGUGUCCCAAGAAGAAUGGUUACCCCCGAUCUUACCCCAAAUCCAAGCCCCGAUCCAACGCCACCAGCAACAAGGAGUUUGUAUGAAGUUUAUGUCUGCUCCUGGCCAGAAAGGAACUCCCCUCGCACCCUGUCGAAGAUGUUUGUACCCCCUUGAAAAGACUUCACCCGAAGAGCUAACGAGAGCCAUCACUCGAUUAUUGAAGGGGCGAGAAAUUGCAUUUGUAUAACGCCAUGUAAAUUACUGCUUGGGACUUUUUUUUUAAUCGCUUGAUAAACCUGUAGAUUUGUGACUUUUUAGUCUUUUUUUUUAAAAGACCCUGUUUUCUCUAUAGUUUUGAGGGGGGAUAGGGUUGGGUUUGCGCAAGGCAGACUAUCAGCAGCCGUUAGUAACUUGUGGAACUGAAUACAAGGUGGCUUGAGUUAAUCGCCUUUUCUGUAAUUCUAAUUUAAAGUGUCCAAGUAUUUCAGUCCACCUGUGUGUUCUGGGCCCUUUGAGAUGAUGGGAUGUUGGGUGGGAGGGUAGCAACUGGGAAGGUCCGCUCUGACCCUGGAGGUUAUUGGAGUGAGCGAUGUGUUUAAAGCAGCGUGCUUCUGUGAGUUUUUAACCCUCCCAGUUCUGAAACAGAUCACUUCGUUUGUUUUUUUAAAAAAAUCAAGAUACAAACCUCUCCGGUUCCCUCAAAGAUUUUGUGUUUUUUGUUUGAAGGAGUUUGAACCGAACUGUGCAGAAGAAUUGUUCCUAUUUAAACACCCCCUUCAUCAGCAGGACCCUGUCUCUCUUCACCAUCCAGCCCCUUCCUGUAGUCUCGCUCUAUCUCUCUCCAUCUCUCACUCUCAUCUCACCUCUCUCACUCUCAUCUCAUCUCUCUCACUCUAUUACCCCUCUCUCCCUCUCUGAUGUGGGUGGAGGAGAGGCUUCCCACAGCAAGGGACAGUUAGUGCUUGGAACCUGUCACAAUUUUCCAGGUUAAUCAUGAUUUUGUUUUUUUUAAACUGUUCUUGUACACAUACCAGGAUUGGAGGGUUUAUUAAGAGUUUUGCUGAGAUGUUUUUAUUAAGAAAUGGAUUGUAGCUGUACAUUGUUUGUUUAUAAAUAAAGUUUUAAUCUGC